GGAGCUGCUGGGCAAUCACUGACAUGGGUUCCCCCCCCAGUGCUCUGCAGCAUGAGCUUCCAUGACCCCGAGGGUUACAUAGACUCCACGGACUACCCGCCACUGCCCCUGCACAGCUACCUCGAGUGCACCUACAAUGUCACUGUCUACACGGGCUACGGUGUCGAGCUCCAGGUGAAGAGCGUGAACCUGUCCGACGGGGAGGUCCUGUCCAUCCGAGGGGUGGACGGCGAUGCCCUGGUGGUCCUGGCUAACCAGACCCUGCUGGUAGAGGGCCAGGUCAUCCGCAGCCCCACCAACACCAUCUCCGUCUACUUCCGCACCUUCCAGGAUGAGGUGGUGGGGACCUUCCAGCUCCAUUACCAGGUGUUUAUGCUGAGCUGCAACUUUCCACGGAGACCUGACUUUGGAGACGUCACCGUGAUGGAUUUGCACUCGGGUGGAAUUGCUCACUUUCACUGUCACCUGGGCUACGAGCUGCAGGGUCCCAGGAUGCUUACGUGUAUCAACGCAUCGCGGCCACACUGGAGCAGCCCAGAGCCAAUCUGCUCAGCGCCCUGUGGCGGGACGGUCCACAACGCCACCAUCGGCCGCGUCCUCUCGCCCAGCUACACCGGGAACCAGUCGAGCAGCAUGUACUGCGUGUGGACCAUCGGGGCCCCCCCGGGACAGAAGCUGCACCUCCACUUCGAGAAGCUCCUGCUCACCGAGAAGGACAGGAUGGUGGUGUACAGUGGUGACACGAACCAGUCUGCUGUCCUCUACGACUCGCUGCGUGCCGACAGCGUGCCCUUCGAAGGGGUCAUCAGCGACGGCUCCUCCAUCAGGAUCGACUUCCUCGCGGAGGAGCCCGCGGCCACCACGGCUUUCAACAUACGUUUUGAAGCCUUCGAGAGGGGCCACUGCUAUGAGCCCUACAUCCAGAAUGGGAACUUCACCACCUCUGACCCCACCUACAACCUGGGCACCACCGUGGAGUUCACGUGCGACCCCGGGCACUCCCUGGAGCAGGGCCCCGCCAUCAUCGAGUGCGUCAACAUGCGCGACCCGUACUGGAAUGACACAGAGCCACUGUGCCGAGCCAUGUGUGGAGGGGAGCUAACUGCCGUGGCCGGGGUGAUCCUGUCCCCAAACUGGCCGGAGCCCUACGCAGAGGGGGAGGACUGCGUCUGGAGGGUCCACGUCGGUGAAGACAAGCGUCUUUUUCUGGACAUCCAGCUGUAA